UGGUUGAAAUAAACUGAAAUGAUUAGAUAUGCUGACCAUGCCUGAUGUAGUGUACACCUAUGGGUUUAAUCUGGGAUAUGGAUUUGGGUUCGGAGGACCAUACCUUCUACCCACAUACCUUGCAGAUACAGCUUUCACUUGUACACCGGUUAAAUUCCUAAAUGUGCUGAAUAAAUAUGGAUUUUCAAGCGGACUUAAUUCUCAAGUAAAAAUAGACCAGAUUCAAAAUUUUGGAGUUGAUUGUAAACAAGCUCUUCAUUGCCUUCUUCAGCACUCCGGAGGCUAUUCAGAGGCAGCAGAGGUCGAAUACCUUCUGGAGGAUCUUCAGGAGGCUGCUGCUCAAUAUAUUGCUCUUAUCAAUCCUUGAUCUUAUAUAGUUUAAUGUAUUGAUCUUAUCAACCCUUGAUCUUAUUUAGUUAAACAUAUUGAUCUUAUCAGCCCUUGAUCUUCAGUAUCUAUAUAUAAAUUUGGCUUG